CUGGGAUCUCAGUUACCGAGCACCGCUACCCGAGGGAGGAGGUCACCGCAGUAAACUCUGUUACAUUAAGAUUAUAUAUUUUUUUUUCUACGCGUUCUCAGUGCUUGUCACAUUUUAUUCGUGGUUUAUUUAUAACGUAUCUUUAUAUUUUUUAUAUUUAUCUAUUUUGAAGAUUUAUUUAUUGCUAUUUAAAUCGACAUCUCCAGUAUACCCGCCGCACCCCAUAUACAGGCAGAAAGCCAAGCUCCGCAGCAACAGCAGCCGCACCAACAUCUACAUCAGCUCCUGGAGGCACAGUAUAUAUAUAUUUUUUUUAAAGCCUCUCCAAUUCUGCACAAGGCUUACAUAGUCCGGAUAAGAUGACCAAAGCUGAGAUGGGAAGAUUUAACAUCUCUCCCGAUGAGGAUAGCAGCAGCUCCAACAGUAAUGAAGACUUCGCCUACCCUGCAAAGAAGCUCUCUAUUAAAUGUCAUUAUGAUGUGGAUUCAGAAAAUCAAAAUUUCCUUCUUGAGCCAACGCUGGCAAAGAAGAAAUGUGAAACAGAAUAUCUUCCAGGGACAACAUCAUUUGGGAUGUCAGUGUUUAACCUCAGCAAUGCGAUUGUUGGAAGUGGUAUUCUUGGGCUGGCUUAUGCCAUGGCCAACACUGGAAUUGCCCUGUUCAUGAUUCUCUUGGUAUUUGUGGCAUUAUUCUCUAUAUAUUCCAUCCAUCUACUACUGAAAACAGCAAGUGAAGGAGGUUCCUUAUUGUAUGAGCAGUUGGGAUUCAAGGCCUUUGGCUUACCUGGAAAACUGGCAGCUUCUGGCUCUAUAACAAUGCAAAAUAUUGGAGCCAUGUCCAGCUAUCUCUACAUUGUGAAAUAUGAACUGCCCCUUGUAAUCAAGGCACUUAUGGGAAUUGAAGAGAGCUCUGGAGAAUGGUAUUUAAAUGGAGAUUAUCUGGUUUUGAUAGUCUCUGUAAGUCUCAUCCUUCCUUUGUCACUGCUUAAAAACUUAGGAUACCUGGGAUACACAAGUGGGCUUUCCCUUAUGUGCAUGGUCUUCUUUAUCAUUGUUGUGAUCUACAAAAAGUUUCAGAUUACAUGUCCUUUAUGGUUUAAUCACAAUGCCAUGAAUUCCACUUUAAACAGCACCUUGUCUCAUCUGGCCUCACACGUACCAGUCAAUAAAGCUCUUCACAAUGAGACUGACGAUGAGAUGUGCACACCAAAAUAUUUUGUGUUUAAUUCUCAGACUGUAUAUGCUGUACCCAUCCUUACGUUCUCCUUUGUGUGUCAUCCAGCUGUUCUUCCCAUCUACCAAGAGCUUAAAGGUCGUAGCCGUAGAAGAAUGAUGAACGUCUCCAACGUUUCCUUUUUUGCCAUGUUUAUCAUGUACCUCUUAGCUGCCCUCUUUGGAUAUUUGACAUUUUAUGGGAAUGUUGAACCAGAGUUACUCCAUACUUACUCCACAUUUGUCGGAUCUGGUGUAAUCUUUAUUAUUGUGCGUUUGGCAGUACUUGUGGCAGUCACCUUGACCGUUCCUAUUGUCAUUUUUCCAAUUCGCAGCUCUAUCACUGAGUUAUUGUGCUCAGGGAAGGAUUUCAGCUUAAUACGCCAUACUUUGAUAACGGUCGUAAUACUGGGAUUUACCAAUGCUCUUGUUAUUUUCGUUCCAACUAUAAGGGAUAUCUUUGGAUUUAUUGGGGCCUCUGCUGCAGCAAUGUUGAUCUUUAUACUGCCAUCUGCUUUUUACAUCAAACUAGUUAAGAAGGAGUCCAUGAAAUCAGUGCAAAAGAUUGGGGCUGUACUGUUUCUCAUCAGUGGAUUCUUCGUUAUGAUUGGUAGUAUGACUCUCAUUAUUCUCGACUGGAUCCAUAAUUAGUCUGGUGACCAUUAAAUGACUUGAGCACUCUGCGUGAAGUGGAAGUGUUCUCUCAGAAGCCUUCUACUGAAUAUUUUAACAUUGCUUACAAUUUCUCUUCCUUUGAGAUGAGGAUUUUUGUGGUGGAACACAUGAACUUCUUAGAAUCGAGUUCUACAUCUUUGCAAGGACGUUGCCAUCUAAAAUCCAAAGGUUCUGAAAGAAGGAAGUAAUUUUAUUCCAUUCCAAAGAAUGGACAAAAAUCUCUAAACUUUUAUCAAGCCACAUGUCUGGCUAUUUUCAUUUACUGUUACUUGUAAUUACUUGAAUGUGCCUAAAAGGAAUCAUUUGUGAAAGAACGCUACACUACAAAGUGUUAAAUGGGAGAGGCAAAUUAGCUCUCUUUUUGUACCAAAAAGGCUGAUCCCUUUAAAAGCACUUCUGAAGGAAGGGCAAUAUUGUAAAAAGUAUGUUUUUUGUAAAAAAAAAAGGAACUUUCAGAUGGUUUAUUCAGUUAUAUCCGCAAAAACAAAUAUUUCAGCAGUAUUUUUUAGCAUAAUUAUAUUGUCACUUAUGGAGUGCACAAUAAGAAUCCAGAACAUUUUUAUAUGGUAUUAAAACAAGAAAAUGAUGAGCUGUAGUAUCAUCAAUGUGUGUAUCCUUCUUAAGAAUGUUGAUGUUCUUUAAGUGCUACAAAUUGCAAUUUGUAAUUGUAAACCUUUAUCAAUGACACGUCAGCCAUCUGUAGCGUAUUAAGGGCUAUCGGAGAGCAGCCUCAUCACUGUCAGCAAGAACCGUGCUCCUACAGCCCUGGAAGCCCUUGUGAUGGCCAACCUAUAGUGUAUGUUGCUGUCUUUAUGGGGGUUAAAAAAAACUGGCACUACUCAUACUGGUCUGUAAUAAACAUGUUACAUAAUCUGCUACUUAAUAUCUUAGGCAAAUUAAUAUCAUGCCAGUUAAAGAAAAAACUACAGAAUAUGUUAAUAUCAAACAUUCUUUUUUUUAUUCCUGGUAUUAUCAAAGUGGUACAAAACUGUAAUAUUUAAAUGAUUUAAUUUAUUUUAGCUCCGUGGCAGUUUACUUCAUGUACAGUAUUUCUCAAUAUUUAAAUAAUAAUUUAUAAAGUACUGAAUUACUUGACACAUUUUUUUUUUUCAUCCCUUGAUUGUUUUAUUUUUUGUUUACUCCGUACAAUGUUCCGCUGCAAUACUGUAACCAAAAGAAAAAUGCACAAAUAACUCCAAAAAAAAAUACAACUGAAUUUGGUUGAAGCAGAUUUACUUGUGCAUAAUUGAUAUUUGCCAUCUUUGUUAAUAACAUAGCUUUGGUAUAAAUGAUUAAUUAGACUUUACCAAGGGAAUAAAAAAAAAAGCUGUAGUAUGUUAAUCCACUGUAUUUUUAAAUGUAUCAGUAUCAUGAAGAAGUGCAAAACUGGAGCAGCUAUAGGUUAAAAUUAAAUUUGUUAUUUUUUUUGUAGAAUUACAUUUUAGUACUGGAUAUUAAUACAACUAUGUAAAUUUGUUUUUUAAGUUUUACAUUUCUGACUUUACAGUAGAAGUAAAAUCAGUAGUAGCUUCUUAAAGCCAUUUUGUAUACAUGCGAACUAUAUAACACUUCUGUAAGUAAAUGUUACCUCUACCUUCUAUUCACUAAUAGUGAAGCAUGUGUACAAUCUUUAGAAGGUAUACUAAUUCAGGUACAAGUUAAUAUGCUGGUAGAAAACAUCCAUAAUACACUCUGGUUAUAAUGAAUACACCUACUUAUAAAAGUAUUUUACCACUGUUUUGUCACCUCAUUGUCUUCCAUAGACAGAUAUAACUCUAUUGUGCUAUUUAUAGUGCAUUAAUCUAUUUUAAUGAACUUUGUACAGGAGAACAUUGUAAAUAUAUAUAUAUAUAUAUAUAUUUGUAUAUAAAUAUUGUUGUGUAGAUACAUAACUUUUUUUUUUUUUUUUUUUUUUUUAUUCAUACCUUUCUUUGAACAAUUACAAGCGUUAGUCAAACGAUUAACAGCCCUGUACUCUUACACUGAAAGUGUUAUCAAUUGUUCCUUCACUAGUUUGAAGUUUCUUUUGCUGUAUGGCAAUCCAAUAGACCAACACAAAUUUUUGGGAUUGCCAGAAUUAGGUCUGUGGCAAAAACCAUCUUGUAUAGAAACAGUCCCAACUUCCUAUAUAUUGUAGAUAUUGCUGUAACAAAGUAAAGUUAAGUUGCUAUGCAUUAUGUUGUCAGUUUAUGUACUAAGCAAAACAGAAAAAAACAAUGUAAAAAGUUGGAGAAACUUUAUUUCUUUUGGCAUAAUAGCAUAAACAGAAAUGUAUACAAAUAUUGCAUAUGCUAGUUAUAUACUUUGUUAUAUAGGAACUUUUAUAGAAUUUCGGAAGUUCAGCUAAUGCAACACUUGAUAAUGAAAGGGUCCAUAUAUGUAAAUAUAAUAUGUGCAACUUGCAUUAUGAUUUGGUUUGAAUAUUAUAGUUCAUAUCUGAAUUUUGAGGUAGUUGUACUGUACAAAUGUAGCCUCCCAUAUAGUAUGUGUUUAAAACUUUCUGUAUAUUUAUGUAAAAUAUUGCUAAAACCAGCAGCUUGAAGGUGUUGGUGGUCUCUGAGUUUCAAUGAAACAUUGUAUGCUUUUAAUUGAUCUGAAAUAAACACAUAAAAUAA